UCGUUUUGUUUUCUUCCGUCAUCGAAUGAGGUUCCCUUACGAGUUGUAUCAUCCUGGUGAAUCCUGUUUCACGGGCCAUAGGUUCGAAUCGUCGAAAUCAUCGUCACCGAAGCGUCUUUGUUUUGCUGAGCAGCUGAUCGGCUCGUCCGACGACGGCGAGUGGAUACAUACACACAUACGUAUAGGUUGAACAACAAAAAGAAAGGAAGAAGAAGAUUUGAUUUUUUUUUAUCCAACUCAAUUUGAGGCUACUGUAAAUAUUGUACAGAAAGAAGAUGUGAACAAGAAGAUAUAUCUUUUUCUACUGGUUAAGGAUAUGUAAAGGAAAAAAAAAAAAAAAAACUAAUUACAAAACUGCAACUAGUCAAAGGAAAGUUUCAUACUGAAUUUCAACACACAUUUACAAGGUUCCUACAAGAGUCUCCUAAGUUUAAGAAGUUUGAAAAGCCACUUUGAUCUCUUAUCAAACUGUCUCUAUCACGAGUUACAAUACUUUGUCCGGAAUUUUGAUAACAACCCAUCGAUGCUUUAAUCCUCAUCACCCAGUCAUCGUAUUGACCAAAAGCGCUGAUUGUUGGAGUCACUAACAAAUUUUUUAGUAAUCUAGUAAAAAGUCGGAAGCUCAGUGUAGCGCAUGUACAUAUGAGAGCUACAGAUCCGAGGGCUGUCGUAACUCGCGAGUUACAAGAGCGUGGAGAUCAGUCUUUGAUAAGUUGACCGAGAAGGUUCGAAUGAUUAUUGCAAGGCGAAAGGAAGGUGUUUGCCUUGACUUGUCAAGCCAUUUUCGCUAACACCUGAAAAAAAGACCAGCAUCAUGAUGCUCUACAUAUUUCAUGUCGAUCUCGGCUGCACCAUCACCGUCGACAUUAACAUGACCACCAAAACGGUGUCCGAGCUUAAGGAGAGGAUAGAGAUAGAAACGAAUGUACCUCCGAAAAACCAGAUACUGCUGAUGAGCGGAGGCGAGACCCUGCAUAACGAGGCCACCGUGGGUUCGUACUCCACUGGCACCACGGACUCGAAUCCGAUCUUCCUCUUCAACGCGGCCCUAAUCGAUAGCUCGACCCCACCAAUGCCCGUCAUAAAUUACAUGCCUGCAGACGACAACUUGGACAAGAGGUUUACGGAGUCGCAGACGUUGCCGGUGUCGUUGCAGACCUUGAACUCGCGCACCGACCUUGCCAACAGGUGUUGCACCCUCAGCCGGGACCAAUUGCGAGCCUGCGAGCGCCUCGUGCACGACCAACACCUACAGCAACAGGGCUGGGCCGCCGUGCUCGCCAACUUUGACGACGUCUCCAAAUACUUUGAGGACAAGGUCUCGCACUUCCAGCAGUACUUUGGUACUUAUCUCGAGGAGCGCCAGGAGUACAUCGAAAUCGUCAAAAAUGUUAGCGUGGAUCUGCAGACCCUCUCCGAGAUCCCGGUCCUUCCGGCACUGCGAGCCUACGCCGAGGGUUUCCAAAGCCCGGAGGAAUACCAACAAAAGCUGGCCGAGUCGGCGGGCUCCUCGUCCCUCUCAACACUUCGACAGGGGGACGACUCGGCCAUUAGUCUCUUCUCCUGGAUCACGUCCAAAGGCAAAGUCAGUCUCGACCAGACGGUCGAGGAGUGCGCCCGUAUUCUCAAUCAGCUUGAUGAGGCCACCUACCAGCAAUCGAAGAACGAGGCAUUGGCACUGAUUGUGCAAACCAAAAGGCAAGACAAAAAAGAAAUUCAGGGGCUGAGCGAGCGGCUCUUUCAACUUGAACAGGUCGUGGAGCAGGCCAAGAAGGCUGUUAGCGAGCAAGCCGAGCUCUCGCAGGGCUUCCAGCAGAAUAUGACGCGUGUCAACAACCUCAAGGACGAUAGUGUCUUGCCUGACUUGUGCGCGUCUCACAAAAACCAGCUCCAAGUGAUGCACAACACUUACAAGCUGAUAUGCGAUUAUCGGCGUCGCUGCACCAAGGCCAAAGAGGAGCUCUCGGCGAGCAUUCACAGGCAUCUCAAGUGGGUCGCGGAAAUCGAAAACAAGAUGCAAGAGUCCAUCGAGAUGCUUGCACUUUUGAUGGGAAGAGUCAAGAGGCUACGUCAAUUUAUCACGGCACUGAGACAAAUCCACGCGAGCCCGGAGAUGUACAUGAACGCCGUGGCGGAGGUCGUACGUCGACGUACCUUCUCAGAAGCCUUCCUCGCCUGGGCAGGCAAUCUCGCCUUUCAGAUCAUGAACAUUCAUAGCGAGGAAAUUCAGAGACGCCGAGAGUUUCAAAACAAAUUUGCCGGACACUUUUUGGUUACUCUCUUCCCCGGACUGGACGAUGUACCACCACCCUUUGCUACCGAAGCUCCAGCCUCGUUUGAUACUGGACUACCAAAGCUGACGGUCAAAGAUGUGGAGCAAAUGAAACAGCAGCUACCAAACUUGGCUUCAAUCGUUUUGAUGCCCGACCUGAAUGGUAUAACGCAAUUUUUCUCAUCCAAAAGCUUAAGUGGGAGUGGAGUCAGCGAGGUUAUUAAAGAAAAAGAAAGCAUCUCGAUGGUCGUAGACGAGUCAUUAAAGGAACAGGAAGUUGCCAGGCCUCUAAUGUUGACUGACAAGGGUGACUUUGAAUCGGAAACUGAUACGGAAGAGUUCGAAAAAAUCAGUCAAGCAGCUAUGGACUCGAAGCAAACGUCCUACGACAGCACCAAGCAGCAGCAACAACAGCAUCAGCAACUCCACCACCAAGAGAAUCAACAGAAGCAAUUGGAGGUUGGUGCCUCACAAUCAACCACCUCGACCUCAACUAACUUCUCGCUCCUGAAUAGCUCGUCUUCUUUACCUUUGAACGAGCUUUCCCAGUUUCCCUCAUUUUCCACCAUAGAAAAGACACAAUUGCAGCACCCUCAGUUUCUCAGUCCCUUGACCGAAUGUGACGAAUACGCUCCUAGCACGACACCACCCGGGUCCUUAUCCCCAAACUAUCCUCCGAGCAGUGCCGCGAAUUCGUGCGAUGGCAGCCACCCGAAGAAACAGAUAAGAGACUCGGGCAGUGACAGGAGCAGCCCGUCUCUUGGAAACGUAGCAGUAGUGACCGACUUUUUCGGUACCGAAUUUUACAUGGAUGAAUCACUUCCUAGCAGCCUCAGUGAACACUCCACCGACAGCCAGCAUCAUGCCUUUGUGUCACUUCUUCAGGAAGGUUUAAACAGCUCGCGCGAAGAAGUGGAGCGUCUGCGUUCAAUAAUCCGAGCCUUUGGCAGCAUAACGAGUGAAUCCGUGCAGGCGCUACGCCACGAGUUGAACAAAAUAAGGGAGCAGACACUAAACGAGCGUGCCGCUACGUCUAACAUUACCAAGCAGCUGGACAUGAUGAUGAAGUUACAGAGCCUGGCGGUGUGCGAGCACGAGCAGGACCUGACCGUUGAUCACGAGCUCGAGCUUGGUGGCCUUAAGAGUAUGCUGCUCAAAAGAGACAAGCACAUCGAGGAUGUGGAAAACUCGCUCCGUGAGAAGGAAAGCGAGGCCAGAGAGCAGGAGAGGCUUGUCGUCACCAUGCGCCAAAAUUACGAGUCCUCGCAAAGCGAGUUGAAAAAAUAUCAGGACAUUUACAAUAGAGAGAGGCUGGAGCAGCAAUCUCAGAUCGAAAAAGCCAAGGUCGAGUCGAGCAUAGCGGAGAAAAAUGCUCUGAAAAAUACAAUCAAACAGUACGAGGAUAAAAUAAAAGGAUUAGAAACCCAACUGGCAGCUGCUCAGUUGACGUACGAAAAAAAUCUUAAAGAGAAGUGCGACAAGUUGCACGUGGAGCACAGGACCGAGAUCGAAACGAUCAGAAGUAGGUUCAAGUUGAUGGCCGCUUCGACGAUGGAGCGUAGCCCCAGCGACUCUAGUCUUGAGAAGAUUGAGCGACCGGACGUAAUAGAAAUCAUAAAUCACGAAACAAUAUUGGAGCAGGCUAAAAAAGAUUGGCAAAUGGAAAAGGAAAAGGCAGUUUGUAAAAUUACCCAGGAUUUACAAGCAGCAAAGGAAAUUAUUAAAAAAAAUGAGCAGUACAUAGGUGUCCUUAAAUUAGAAAAAAUAGCCAUAAUCAAAGACUAUCAACAUUUACAGUCAAAAGCAGAAUGUUUCAAAAAUUCGGAAGCUUUGAUUAACAGCCUGAGCAUGGAAAAUGCCAAAUUAAAAAGUGACUUGACCACUAGUUGUAAACUAGUGUCUUAUCGAGAAACUUUGAAAGAAAGGGGCAGCCUGAUGCGGCAGUUGAGCGAUGAUCAAAUGAAGAUGAGUCAGGAAAAUCUUGAAGUUGAUGAGAUGAAGGAUGCUUUCCAAGUAUCGGAGACAAAAAAAGUUAAACUAGAAAAGGAGUUGAGUGCAUCAGUAUUGGUAGUUUCCGAUUCUUCGUCAGGUCGUGUAGACGUAGCUACGUGUACCGAUGAGGUGUCCACUUCAAAACACUCGUCACGAGAAAAGAAGAGCACCCCAAGAGGUAGAGCUACUCUGGCGACCUGCAAUCGUGGUGAUAUUGUUGCUAUGGUUUGGGAUCCAUUGCAUGAAAAUUACAUCAUUCUACAAGAUUCCGAGACAAAAUACUUUUUGAAUUCUGAUUCCUUGGCUGCUCUGGGCUUAAAGGUGGGAAGAACUGACUCUGUUACUUGGGCUUUUGGUGAAGUCGUCGAAAAAGAAUUUUGCAAGGCUAAAAAGGCCGAAAAUCGUUACAAAGUUUCAAUGGAGGAGAAGUUUUAUCGAGUUCGAGUCAAGCCUUACAAGAAAAAGGAUAAAGAUAAGGGGGGUAUGAAAGAGGAAGAUAAACCAUCCAGCAGUAGUAAAAGCACCGAUCACCGGGAAGGGUAAUUAUUUACAAAAAAAUUUUGUCAAAAAAAUUAUUACUGUACAAUGGAAAAAAUUUCCAUGAAAGGCCGAAACCUGCCAGAGCCUGUAAGCGCAUUCCUAUCGGAAAUUAUUUGAUUAAAAUAUUUGUAGGGAAAAUUAAGUGUACGUAAUGAUCAACAGAACUCAGUGUAGGAUGCGCUGGCACUUUAUUGUGAUAUGCAUAAUUAAAAUAGAAAAAAAAAAACAAACCAAGAAAAAAAAUUUUAACAUAUGUGUAAGUAAAAGAUCUUUGUCGAAUGUUGUGAAUAGUUGUAAGUGUGAUACUCGAGUAUGCAGUUGUUGUGUUUAUUCUUUACAUUUCAUUUAUAUUUACAUUACUAUGAAGAAUAUAAAAAAAAGAAAAUAGUUUUCAAUAAGCCCUAGUGACGCUGCAAAAACACUUUGCUAAUAUACCCUUGAGUUAUUAACGAAUCGUUGAAGUGUGUCUUUAUUUUUCUUAUAGAAGUGUAAUAAUAAAACAAAACACAAAAAAACAAAUGAAGUAUAGAAAUCAUAAAUAAAAUUAUUAUUUGUGCAAGUAAAUGAUUUUCGAUAUACUUUUACGAAAAAAUAUUUAAGCAGGUUAUCUUUGCACCUCGUUGAGAAUGAAUUUUUCAAGGCUUUUACAGCCGCCAACGUGAAAUAGCGCUAUUUCACUCUACUCAUACUUUUAUAUAUUGACAAUUGCUUACCGCGUAGGUAUGCUGCACACAAUAAUAUAUACUCGUAUGAAUCACGCUAUAUUGAAUCAAUUUGAAAAAUCUCACUCGAGAAUGCAACGAUUUUUAUACGUGUGUAAAAACAUAAUCAAAGAAUAAUUUUGCCGAAAUGAAAAAAUGUUAAGUAUUUUAAAAUAUAUGAAUUAAGUUAAACCAUCCAAUCACGUAGGUAUAUUAUAUACUUUUCGUCUUUUUUCUGUAUUUACACAGUUUUUCGACCGAGUUACGUUAAUUAACUAAGACACAUCAGUUUUACAUGUAGUUAUGCACUAAGUUUUCGAUUUUAUAACGAUUUAGUAUGAAGAAUUGCACUGAGUCACUUUUAUCGAAGAUAAAGUUCGAUUCCGCCUUUUUCAAUAUAAAAUGAUAAGGAGAAAGGUAAAAAAAGUAGUCACUAGAAUUUAACCCUUUUUCACCACUUAUCCACGUUAUGUACAAAAAAUAGUAGUAAAGAAAAAAAAAAAAAAAAAAAAAAAAAAAAAAAAAAAAAAAACUGGUAGAGACGAAAUCAAUGGGACAAGACUUGUCCCUGAUUUUGAUUGCUUUCCUCUUUAUAAAAAAAAAUUAAAUAUAUAGAAUGUGUAAGGCUCGAAUUUUUAUUUGUAAGACGUUAGAUGCCGUUUGUUUCAAAUAUGCGCAUAGACACUAUAUUAUAUAUUAUACUUAAAUAAUAUCGUAAAAUAGCUGUGAUCACAGUUGGCAGUUACCACUCAACAGAUCAAUCCUUACUGCAUAAGUUACUUUUUUUAUUUUUAAUAAUCGAAAGCACUUUUCUUCGCACUUUUUUAUAUUGUAAAAAAAUAUUAAGCUCUAUGAACAAAAAACGAAGGAAAGGUCUUUCUAGUGGAUUUUCUGCAGAGUGGUUUUCUGUCUUCUUUAACCUCCUUUCAACGUUAUCACAUUUAAAUAGUAAUUAGAGAUGUUAAUCUCAACGGGACGGGAUAAAACAAAUAUUUCAAGAGAGUAGUAGAUUAUUUCUGCCCAAGAUAAAGGAACUAUUAAAAUUUUGUGACUUUAACAUUUAAAAAGCUAAUUUCUCUUGUUUUCUUUUUUUCUUCACUUUUUAUAAUAGUUUAAAAUCCCUUGAUUUUUCAACUGAUUUUUAACAAUAUUUAAUACGCUUCAUAUUGAGAACCCAUACAAUCUACGAUAGGCUGUAAUUUUUAUGAUAAACAAAUGAUAAUAAAUUGACCAGUUGUUUAAAAUAUUUUAAAUCAUGAUACAUUUGUACUUUUUUGACAAACUGAUGUCUUUGCACGUCUGCGAAUUCAGAGUGUCUUGAUAAUAAAAUUCUGUAAAAAAAAAAAAAAUAAAAAAAAAAUUGUAAUUCAUCAAAUUUUUUUUUAGAAGGAUAGUAAUAUAAUUGUAAAAGAUGAUAAAACUCAAACAUCAAAGAUACGUGCCUGUUGAAUAUAGUACAGUAAAAAAGAUAUUUGGAUUAAUUGUUUUAUCCAUAAACUUAAAACAUUAUACUAUGAUCUAAGAUGAAAAAAAUAAAAGGCAAAUCGAGUGAAUAGUUCAAAGUCGAUUUUCUAAUGAAUGAAGUGCAGUUUUUGUGCAAUAAAAUGCAUCACAGACAGUGGAAUUUCAAGUCAUAAUAAUAAAUUUACUUAUCUUUAGAAGUAAAUGAAAGCAAACAGCAGUAAUGGCUCUGUACAAAUAAAUUUUCUUUUUUUUAUGGUAGUAGCACAUAAACAGAAAUUUGAAAACUAACAUGUGCGUUUUCAUGUGUGUAUGUAUGAAAAAUACAAGUUGCAAAAGCACUUUUAAAAAAUAAUACUCUUAAUGAGUUUUUUUUAUUCGUUGAAUGCAAUAGAUUGAUGCAGCAUGUAAAUAUGUUUGCUCAGAGUAAAAAAUUAUAAGUACA